AAUGAUGGAGAACGAAGUCUUUGCAUCUUUUAUUUUCUUCAGCACUUUACUGAUCCUGAAAAUGUACGCCCUGGCCAUCAUUACCGGGCAAGUCAGGCUCCGGAAGAAGGCGUUUGCCAACCCUGAGGAUGCCCUCCGGCACGGAGGGGUGCUGUACCACCGAGAAGAUCCGGAUGUGGAGCGUUGCCUCAGGGCUCAUCGCAAUGACAUGGAGAACAUCUACCCCUUCUUGUUCCUUGGGGCUGUCUACUCCCUCCUGGACCCUAACCCAGCCGUGGCUCGGAUCCACUUCCUGGUCUUUUUCGUUGGCCGGAUGGUCCACACCGUGGCCUAUCUCCUGAAGCUGAGAGCCCCGACGCGGUCGGUGGCCUAUGGCGUGGCUCAGCUGCCCUGCUUUUCCAUGGCUUUACAGAUCAUCUUUGCCCUCCUAAAACAUUGGUGA